CAAUCGACACAAAUAUGGCGGACGUAGUAGAUUCCUUUCUCGCUAAGAAAUGAACUGAAACUGUGAUUUGCAUGAAUUCUUGGGGUUGAAACUUACAAUCAUGCUGAUAUACGUGGAGAGCAAAGCUUUUCCGGUAAGUUAAGAGCAAUGCCUAUGCGCUUUUUCGGGGAAGACUAGAGCAGUGUUUUCAUGUUGUUUCGUUUAUUGGUAACUUGGAGACGAUAAGGGCAUGAUGAGAUAUAGAUGUGUAUUCAAUUUUAUCUGCUGUUUCCUCAGAGGCAACAACUGUUGCUCAAUUCCUUUUCUUGAUAAAUUUUUCUGCGUAUCUAUUUUUGGAAGAGUUGGCAGAACUUUUGUCCAUUGUUAUUUUUGGAAUUAAAAUUUUUGUCAAACAUACACAGACUGUAAAUUGUAAGGUUGUCAUCAAGAAACACUUGUGAUUCUUUGAUUCGAAAUCUAGGCACAAGUUGGCGAUGAGAAAAUCCCUCAAUUCCUCGUAACUGAAACUCAUCAUUUGCAUAGCCAUCAGUUGGACUAUACUUACCUCUUAGACAUAAAGCUGACCUAAGCAACCAAAUAAAAAAAUGUCUUAAUAAUCCCAUGUAGUGCCUGUAACUAAAAUUGCAGUUCACCAUUGAGGAUCAUUUUCUUUACUUUGGUUUUCACCCUAAGGUCAACUGAAAUAUAUUUCUUUACAAGCUGUUUUCAAAUUCCUGUAUGGGUAAAGAAUAAUACUCUAAACAUUUCCUUGCUCUCAGAGGCUUCAUAGCUCAGUUGGUAGCAGCACCCAACUCAUAUCUGGGAGGCACAGGUUUGAAUCCUCUCAAACAUGUAGUCCACCUGUCAGGAUCAUUUCUUUAACAAGUAGUAUAUCUGAAACAAUCUGUUACCGUCAAACUCUCUGUCAACCCCAAAUUGUCCAGCUUAUAAAAGUGUAGCAUAUUUGCACAAAGACAUUAUAAGGGGGCUAAAUUGUUCUUCUUGAAAGUUUAUAUUUGUUUCAGAGUUUUAUCAGAGUUUGAAUAAAAACUAGAGAAGGGUUACUUAACAACAUGCCCUUUAAAUCAUAAAAAUAUGGGUAAAGUUAGACCUUAAUAGCUCAAACUGCGAACAUAAUUUAAGGAAUGGUUUUGUAAGGUGGUAAGUGGUCCUUGACAAGCAUGCUUGUUUUCCUGGGUGUGAUUAGUUAUUCUCUCUCUGCCUUAACUCUGCUUUGAAAUCACCUCAGAUGACAAUAAACAACUGAAAAUUGCACCUCAAAAGGAAGGUCUUAAAGCUAAGUUAGUGGGAAGUUUGACUUGGGCAAAUUGAGUCAGUGAGGUUACAGUUUAAUCACUUUUAUUAAUAAAUCAAAUUGUAUUGCCAAAGGUAGCAGUGUUACACUCAGUGAUAAUUUGGUUUCAUGAACUUAGUUGAUUAAAGUGUAAAUUUGUCACUAUGGAGAGUUUCUAAAGCAGACAUUUCAAGUGUUUCCACUUUUGCUCUGAUGAAGGGCUAAUGCUUGAAACAUCAGCAUUACAGUGGCCAAUUAACAUAUUCACUGAGUUGAUAGGACCAGAUUAUCUAGUAUAACCCCCUAUCAACACAGCACCAAAGUUUCUUUACAAACUUCCCCCCUUUUUCCACAAACAAUGAGUUUUCAUUCUUAAAACAGUCCAAAGUUUUGGUAGUAUCACAUCAGAUGACACAACAAUCCCCUGAGAGAGGCAUUGUUGCCCUAUAUAUAUUUGAUAUGGGUUUUGUGUUAUUUACAGAGCAAGACAUUCACCCUGGUGUGUAACCCACAUGAGACAGUUGCAAGAGCAAGAGCACAGAUGCUUCAUAUUUUAUUUGAGCUUGGAAGAGCAGAGCACCAGUUUCGAUUCAGAUUCAAAGGAGAAUAUCUGAGAGAUGGCUAUACCUUUGAGGUAAACAAAUGCAAGAAAUAAUUCAAUGUGCUUCUGACCCUUUGACUCCCAAUAUCUGAUUGUUAAUUCAAAUACAAAUACCAAUACACUGUCACCUUGUUCUUCAUUAGAUUUGGUGAAAGAAAUCCUUUAUUUACUUAAUACUGGUAAUCAUCAUGGUUCCACAUACUUCAACAAGUAUGUAUUUUUAUUGUAACAAUUUUAUUGCAUUUAUUAGGACUACAGGAUUCAGGAUAAUUCAGUGAUCAAAAUGGUUCCAAUGAGUAAAAGAAAAAGAGGGGUUAGUGUCUACUGUGUUGCUGUUGUGUUUUUUUCUCUUUUAUGAUGUGAACCAGGUCAAUCAUAAUUGUAGUGUUAAUUGCGUAAUUGAUGUUUAAAAAAUGAUCAUUGUGUUGUAUGGUAAUUGUAUAAGAAUAUUUCCUUCCUCAGUAAUGAGUCAGCCUAUAUUUAUCUGUUAGGAAAGUGUUCCUAAAACUUCCCUGCUACAGCUGAAUUACUUUUUGUCUUAAAGCAUGCAUACUGAGGGAUUUUCAAACCUCUUUCCUCUUCUCUUUUCUUAUCUUCUUUGACCAGCUUUCCAAUCCUCAGGUGAUUUUCUGGACCUGUGCAUAGUGUAAAACUGGGUUCAGAGUACUCUUAACCCUUUGACCCCAAAGAAUCAUCAGCAUUUAAUUUCACUUGACAAAAUCACCCUCAAUUCACUCAUCAAGGUCAGUAGAAUAAAGGAAAUAAACAUCAACUGAAUCAGCUCUUGACUGUCAAACAAAUUCUCCUGGUUAGUGCCUUGUGAAAUGUAUAUAGAACAGUUUGGAGAAUGUGCAUACUGAUGUUAGGGUGAAAUGGGUUAAUGCAGGAAAGGUCAAACUUUGUUGAUUUACCCUUUUUGUGAAUUCAAUGGAAUUUUUUAAGAUGAGUGCUUUUUCUUGUUUUAGUCUUAUGCAACUGUAUUUGGGCAAGAGCAGUCCACUCAAGAUGUGGCUGGUGCAGAUGAACAUGUGUUCAGUUCACGAGCAAUCCUCCUAGGACAAGAGGAAUUAGAUGAUGUACAGAAGGCAUUGCGAAAAGAAAUUAACAUUUUUGAACGAAGAGAGACAUUUCUGGGCAAUUUUAAGGUUAUUAUUUUGGUUGUUAAGUUUAUUAUAUAGGAGAGAUACCUAAUAGUGACCAACUGAUUGAUUACUAAACUGACAGACUGAGAAACUAACUCUGGAUAUUUUAAAAUGAGCUAGUGACUGAAUAUUUCACCAAACCAACUUUCAGACAAACUGAGUAACUUAUAGGAUAUACUGUUAAGUUGCAUGAUUUUUAAACUGGAAACUUAUGGUCUAUCUGAGUAUUACGCCCAGAUGUAUUGCUUGAAUCUUUGAAAAUUAUGGUCAGCUUCCUCACUAAAUGAGGAUGUUGAAAAAAGUUGAGCUUAAUGCCUUAAAACAUUGGAGAUUUACUGACUAACUAACAUCCAGACUGCCAAAAGAUUGAUUGACAUAUAGGCUGACUCUUUAACGCACAGGGUAUUUAAGUAUUAUCAAUUGAGUUGAUAAUGUAAAUUGGCCACUGUAAAGAGUUUUAAAGCUGACUUUUUAAGUGUUAGCCCUUUGUCAUUCGCUCUGACAAAGGGCUGACACUCAACUCAGUUGAUAAUACUUAAUUACCCUGUUAUACUCUCCUACCAAUGCAGCACCAUAGUUUCUUUAGAAACAUACCCCCUUUAUCUCUGACUGAUUAACUGACACAGGCUGAUUGACUGUGACUGACCACACAUAGGCUGACUGACUGAAUGAUUGAGUAUUUGACUGAUAAAGGUUGAUUGACUGGAUGACUGCCUCAGAGGGACUGACUGACUGAUUGAUUGGUAGGCUUGCUACCUGACUGAAAGUAUAGACUCACUGAAUUACCUGUUGGAAACUUUAAAGAAAUGAACUUACAGAUUUCCUUUUUUACUCUUUGCAGGUCCUACUAUGGAUUCAUUUUCUGGCUACAGUUUUAUCCUUUACAACCAUUUAUUGGUUUUCCUCAUUUUGGACAGGUAAAUACAAAAUAUGCUAAUCUUUGUUUGUAGGUUUGCUUCAUUACACAAUUUUUGACAAUUCUGUUUAUUUUUUUGCAGGUGCUUUGAUGUUGUUUGGUUUCUUAUAUUGCCCAAAUUACACAAGACUUGGUGGUUUUGUAGGAAAGCAUGGGAUGAAGUAAGAUUCAUUUGAUCUACAAAUUUUAGUCACCAUUUUGUCAGUCUCACAAGAGUUAUACAGAUUAUGGCAAUUUUUGUGAUAGCGGUAUUUAGAACUAUGAUGGUUACAACAGUUCAAGCAGUGUUGGAUAUUUUGAAUUACAUUAAUUUUGCAACCAUGAUGACAGUUUUCAUAAUUUGGUGAAAGUGAGGAUGGUGAAGGCUAUUAAUAGUAAAGUUAAUGAUAUCUAGUCAUCUACAUCUACAUGUUGCUAUCAUGUAAUAUUUUGAACAGAUAAAUGCACAAAAAAAGAACAACUAUAUGUUGUCCAAAAGUUGAUUUAGUGCUUUCACUUACAUAAAGUAUUUUUAGCAGGCACUGUAGGGAUUUGACAAAAUGGCCAAAAGCUGAACAUUUAGGUUUGAAGUGUGUCCACUUGACAGAUUUUGUAGUAUGGUUGGAAAUUAUAAAGAGUUGAUUUAUUUUUUGUUUCUUUUUCAAGCAAAAAUACUUUUGUAAUUGCUUUUGCUGGUGGUGGCAUCAUGAAUGUAACAGCAUCUUUGUUGAUGGGAAUCUAUGUCAUUUUUGAACUGAUGGUGAGUCUUUAAUUCAUAAGCUGCAAGGCUUGUUAAUAGGCAGGGGAUGCAGGGAGUAGGGAAUUAGUGCAGUGGUGAGAGCACUUGCCUCCUUCCACCGUGGCUCAGGUUUGAUUUGUGUGGGUUGAGUUUGUUGUUGGUUCUCAUCCUUGCUCUAAGAGUUUUUCUCCAGGUCAUCCUGUUUUCCUGGCUCCACAAGUCAUCUCCUGGAAUGUCCACUGCUAAAUCCCCAAAAUGGAACAAUUUUAUGAAUGAGUGCAAACUAUGGGAUGAGUUUGGCACCUAAGGGCUUCUUUUAAGGUUGCCAUUACUUGGUUGAAUUAAUAAACUUGAGUAAUUUACUCAUCAUUUGAAUUUUUUAGGCAUUUGAAUGUGAUAAUGAGGAGAGCACCUGUUUGCGGAAGAAAGAACAGAUGUAUUGGUCAAGUAGGUGCCAAAUUAAAUGUUCUAGAAAAGUCAGUAGUAUAAAUUUCUAGUUAACAAUGGCUGGUAUUCGCUAAGGUGUUUUAAAGUAAUGCAGCUUAACCCUUUCACUCCCAAGAUUUUAUUAGAGUAAUUCUUCCUACUGUCUGCCAUAAUGUCAAUUUGGAGAAUUUGGUAUUUGAUCAACUUGUAGUCCCCUAAUUGAGUUUACUUCUUUAUUCUCCUAACUUGUCUGCUUGAUGCUGUGUUGAUAUGGUAAGGAGAAAUUCUCUCUCAGUCACUCAUGAAAGUUAAAGGGUUACAUGAACACAAAUUGAUGGAAAAUGGCAGCCAAAGUAAAGAAAUUAAAUAUAUGCAAAAGAGAUGCAAUGAGGGAAUUUAACACAAUUUAUUCAAACAAGAAAUUUUGCUUACUAUUAGAGAUAUGUAUUUGUUUUAAUAACUAAUUAUAUUUCUUUGUGAUUUUUCAGUAACCUUUUACCUUGGCCAGGCAUUUUUCCUGGUAUGCAGUGUGUUGAUUUGUGCCAUUUUGUUUCAUAACUUCAAAACAGAGGUAAGGUAUCAGUUUGAAGGUUUUGUUUUGUCAAUUUUCUGUGGGGAUGAAGGGGGGGAGGGGGAGUAUCCUCUUCUCUUGAGCAAGAAGUUAUUAGAAGCAACUUUGCCCCUGUCAUUUGGAAUGCUAUCACAAGUAAACCCCCCACCUUCCCAUUCCUCAACACAUGUAACAGGAAUUGAAGAUCAGAGAAUUCUCCUAACACUAUUUUAAGGCCUGAGCUACUUUUCAUUUAGACAAUGAGAAAUACUCUCCUCAGGCUUUUUAAUCCUGUACUACAUUUCAUGAUGUAAAGCCACUACCACACAUAUCAUCAGGCAUCCCUGAAUUUUUACAGGCUCCUUUUUGUACUCCUGGCUUUAGAGAGGUACUGCAAGAAAGUGUUUUGCCUUAUAAUGCAACACAAUGACCUGAUCAGGACUCAAACCUGGGUCUUUUGAUUCUAAAAUUAGUUUGUUUGCUCUUGUGAGCCUUUCUUGAAUUUUUCUGAAGUCAUGAUUUUUUUAUCACCAUUAUUGAAUCUGUAUAUGAUAUACCUUAGUUAAAUGUUAACUUGUAGUUAAAAAGCUGAUUAAAAAAACCCAUUUUACAGGUGGGUGACUUGAUUGAGACACAUCUGGUACAGAUCAGGGACAUUGAUAAAGUUAUGAAAAGUGCCAAGACAGGAAGUAUGAAAGAAAGAAGAGGUGCUGCAUUUGAACUUGCCAGUUUAGCGGCCACAGGAGAUGACACAAAAUUUAGGAUUGUACAAGAGGGGGGGUAGGUCUGAAUAUUUAGCUUUAGCUGUUUAAAUGGAGAGAAAAAUCUCUUGAGCCAAAAAUUUCAAUGUCCCAGUCUUUCUAUCAGUCAUAACUUGGAAACCAUUGCUUUGAUCCCUGUCAUUUUUUCAGCUGUCGGAAGAGCAGGUGGUUCAUACAUAUUAAAUGUUCUUAGUGCAAUGACUUUCAGCACUUUAAAUUUACAAUCAAGCAAAAUACAAUCAAGUAGCUUGUUUUCACUUAAACAAACCCCAGCCAGUUCAAAUUGUUUUUACACUAAUCACCAAGAAAUAUUUCAAAAAAGUCCUUUUUGGAAACACUCCAAGCCUAAAAUUAAUAGUUUCUCCAUCAAGGCUUAACAUUUUUGGAAAUAUCAAGUUGAUGUCAGAUGUAUUGAACUGUUAUUUGAAACUGUGACCCUCUCAGAAGUAACUGUCCAUCACCCUUUUUUUUCAGACUACCAGCCUUGAUGAAUUUAUGCCUGUCACAAGAUCAGGUAAAAAUUCUUUCAUAAGUCUGCUGAUAAAUAUUUCCAAAAUUUUAAUAUUUGUAUGGCAUUAGGUAUUCACCUAACAGCUUUUUAGCUUCAGUUUUAUGACAUAAACUGUGUAUGCACAUGGCUGUGAUGGUGCAGGGUGUUCCCUUCAAGCAUCUGAGACACUUGAAUUUCCAGCUAUUACGCAGAACUCUCUGGUUCGACUCUGAUGUCCUGAAUUUGAUGCCCUUAGCUAAUCUUUACCCAGAAUGUCUUUCUUUUACUUAAUUAACCUUGAUGGUGAAAGUAUUUUUUUCAUCUGAUUUCCUCAGGCCACUCAAGAAUAUGCAAUAGAGGCAAUAUCAGAACUACUCACUGUUCCUGUUAUCCAGGUUUGAAGUUAUUUUUCUGUUUUCAUUGUUAUGUCUCACUAGACAACGACUCUCUCUGACAGAAUUUUGUAGCUUUUUUUACACUGUAACAUCGGUAAAACAAAUUUUGUAGUUUACUUUGUAUGUCACGCUUUUAAGGCUGCAAACUAAGUCCUCCAUUCUCUUUAAACAAUGUACCCACGAGUUAACAACUGUGAAACUUUGAUCGUUUUAAGGACCAGUUUGUGGAACUGGGUGGAGUUCGCACCAUGUGUGCUCUGUUGCACUCCAAGGAGAAUCGUGUGGUGAAUGAAGCUGUGACAGCCCUGUCGUAUAUAGUGUCUGACAGUGAAGCUAACAGGCAGGUGGUCAUCGGAGAAAACGGGUAAGAACCAAAAGAAAUAUAAGUCAGUGCUAUAAAUAUUUGUCAUUCAUGUAUUUUAAAACAUUGCUGUUGUAAGGGUACAAGUGAAACAGAAGUGAAUCAAGAUAUUUUCGUAAAGAUAACAAGGAGUAUAUGAAUCUGGCCUGCAAAAGAGGAAAAGGAGGUAGAAUGGUUGUUAAAAUUUCGAGAGUAGGGAGAAGAAAGCCCACAACCACGCUUUGAGCUAUUUAUGCUCUUCCCGAACGAUUUUAACUUUUUCUUCAUGAUUCCUAUUACACCUGGCUGCUAAGUCACUUUGCAGCCGCCCUUACCCUCAAAGACAAAAACGGGCAAUGGGCCCUUUCCGAUUUUUUUUGUGGGUAAGGGGCGGCUGUACACAGGUUUCUCGCUGAUAUGAAUCCUGACCACUAAGUAACUAAGGAAUAACUGCAUAUCUAUUACAGCUAAUAACCUCCAGUUACACAUGUUGUAAAAUUCCGCAUAACUUGUACAGUCUUUCGAUACAACUCAUUCAGAGCAUAGGUAAAAUGUAGAUGCACGAGGCGGUGGGGUAAGCUCCAUUUGAUCACGGAGCAUAUAAAAGGGUCUUGCUGGCCAUAUGAAGCAUGGUGGAUUGUGAGAGAUUCAUAUGUUUUCUUGGUGGAAGGGAAGGGAGGGAAGGGUUAGUUGUACUGUGAGGCUACCCCUAAAGGGUACUAUAGUAUUAUCAACUGAGUUGUUGACGUGAGAAUUGCAAAGCUAACAUUUCGAGCGUUAGUCCUUCGUCAGAGCAAGUGGAGGAAUUGUGGGUUUUGUAUGUUUUUAUGCAGAAGAUCAGGUAAAAACUGACACCACUGAGCCAAGACUUCUUUUAAAACGGUGUACCUCUUAUUUAUGUUUCACGAAGCUGUGAAUGAAAUUAUUGCAAUUCCUCUUUUUCAUUUACAGCUUAGAGGAUUUGUGCUACGUUGCUGAACGAAGUAAGUGUAUUGAUACUGACAGUAGCUGAUUUAUUAUUUACUUGAAAGAUUCAACAAGUCUGAUUUUUGAUAUCUCUUUUAAGGGUUUAAUUAAUGGUAUCAAAUUAUUUUGUGAAAGAGUACUUUUGGACUUUCUCCCCCUAAAAAAAGACAAUUGCAAUUCGAAAACUUCUGCACACUCACUUUUUUUGCAAAAGAUUGUUCUAUAUCGGGUAUUGAGUAGAUUGGCAUCCAGCGGCUUUUUGACAUUAAUAAUAAGCAUAAGAGAAAACAUAAACGUUUUCACAGAAAUGCACAACAGCACGCUUAAAUAUGUAAUCAGCUUAAGCACGAGCAACGCACCUGGUAUAAGUUAGAAUGAUUUCGUAAAGAAUAAAGGUUGCCAGUUUUAACAUGCAACUGAGCAAGUAACAAAAUUUGCCUAAGGAGGUUCACUCUCAUCGGCUCAAAAGUGUGAAAUGUCAAAGAUUAUGCAUCCUAAAAAAUUUACCUGAAAGAUGUUACGUUCAGGUAAUGAUAUUGUAGGGAGAAAUUAGGUGCUAAUAACUCUUUUGGGUGAAAAGGUAAAUAGGGGGUUUUGACAGCAGUUUUACAAAUUAGACUAAUACUCUUUCUUUUUUCUGUUUCAGUUCAAGUCCCAGCUUCUCGAAUCCUUGCUGCAAUCUUCCUUGAACUUGUGUUUACGGCAGAGAUACGAGUCAUGCUUUCCCAACAGAGUGCGCCUGGUAUGACAUUAACCCCUUUACACCCUAACGUCAGUAUUCAUACUCUCCAUAUAUACUGCUCUCUAUUCAUUUCCUUGAGUGUUUGAUUCAUAAUCGAAAAGCUUGACGCAUAAAAUUUUUGUGUAGUCCAGCCCGCUUUUGUUAAAUUAAAAACCAUGCCAAGUACUUUUUUAUCAUUGAAUCUUCUAAUCAGUGACAUAAUAGCCUCCUUCUUUCUGUAGCUACUUCUCUUGUGCAUCUGUGCAAACUUCGAGAUGCAGAAACGCAGCGACUUGCUCUUCAAACACUGGAGCUAUUGGCCAUAGAGAAUUCUGAUGUCAUUAUUACACAUGUAGGUUGCGCAUUCUGGUUUCCCAAUUUUUACGUAUUUAAUUUGAAUACUAGCAAAUCGGUUCCUUGAAAGUGAGUUGGAGUAAAGGAGUGUAGGACGAACUUCUUAGGCUGUCAUAAAAAUACUGAUUAUUGUGAUCAGCUUGGAGUAGUUUUAUUCCAUCCUUUUGUUAGUCUCAUAAACAAGUAUUAGAUUUUACCUUUAUCGUGUACAAAUAAAGGGUAUUCUUGUUGCCUGAAAAAGGAAAACCUCAUAUUUUUGGAGAACGAGCUUUGGAAGUUUGGACCCUCGUUAGAAAUUUCUACCGAGGGGGUGGUCGUUGGGUAGAGGAAACCGAGGGGAAGGGGAAAGGAGCCCGCCCACUCCUCUCUCCGGCCACUUUUAUCCCGGAACAAACAUGGAAGCUGGGUGGACGAUCGCGAGCUUAAAACGGUAACUCGCUCUCCCCAAUAAGACAACUGUACUGUAGGGUAGAGAAGGAAUGUCGCCAUUAAAUUUUUCGUUUCUAAUAAUUUUAAUUCAUCCCAGGAUUCCCUGCUGGAGUUGCUGCUGUCUCUCCCCAAUCUGACAGACGAUGAACAGCUGUUCUUGCUGGCAGGAAAGAUCAUUCUUUAUUACGCUGAAAGUGAGCUGGUAAGUAACAGAGAUACGACACGUAUGUACAAACUUGAGCGAAAGGUAAUAUUGAAAUUCACAGAUUCGGACGACGUUUCAGUAAAAAUCUAGAAAAAUCCACAUGCACAAAAUGAUUAGAGCGCUCUUUCUAUCGGUUUACCGGAGAAAUAUUCAUCUGUGUUUCUUAUUACUAAGCUUCUUUGCAAUAGUAACGAACAAAACGUUCAACGAACUUUUCUUUUGACCCUUUAUACCUUAUCAUCAGUUUGUAUAUACUCUGUACUUUUCUCUAUACAUUUCCUAAGGUGCUGGCAAGGAGAAUUUGUCGAACAAUCAAGAACUUCUUAAGUUGAUGGUGAUUUCCUUUAUCUCAUGACCUUAAUGUGCCAUUCAGGGGAGAUUUUGGAAGGAGAAAUUAGAUACUAGUCACUCUAAGCGGUUUAAGUUAUUACAAAUUCUGAAGAGGUAGCACUUUACAAUUAUAUAACAAACUAUGUCCUGUCUAUCCCUAAUUUCAGGCUUGUCAGAAACUUGUGGAGGCAGAGAACUUGAAGUUCUGUCUAAUGGAGUUAGCAUACAGCUUGGAUCCUCUGCUGCAGAAUGUAGUGGCCAAGAUUAUUCUAGCUAUGAUAGACUCACACGAGAACAAGUAAGUGUGUGCCUGAUAAUUUGUGUGAUACAUUCUUCCAUGGUAAUCGGACUUUUUUCCAAAACAAAAUUUAGCACGAAAAUUUUAUUUUCAUCCCCCUUGAUAUUGGGUAAUCUUUAAAGUUUUAGUUUGUGAAAGUGUCAAAUCUUCAAAGGAAGAACGUAAUCCGAGAACUGAUGAAGGAUGCAGCUCAACUGUAGUAUGCAUAUUCUCCAUGCUCAUUGUUCUCCACACAUUUCCAAAGGUGCUGACAAAGAGGAUUUGUUUAGCAAUCAACAACGUCUUUAGUUGGUGAUCAUUUUCUUUAUUCUCGUGACCUUUAUCUGUGAUUCAGGGGAGAUAUUGUGAGAAGAAAUUCUCUCUUGGUCACUCAUGGGAAUUACAGGGUCAAUAAAUGUUCGAUGUCUCAUUAUUAAACUCAAGGUGAAGCACUUGCUCUGAUUUUUUUCUCUUUAAUAAUUUUUUUCUUUUUUUCUUUCACUUAGGGACGAAAUUUCCGAGCUUGGCUUGGAUGAAGUGUUAAUCCACAUCAGAAAUGAGUCUGCAGACCGAGAUGCUUGGCGCAUGGCAGAUCAUGGACUGAUGAUACUGCACAAUGUCAAACAAACUACUGAUUCAAACAAGUCCAAAUCACUUGCCACAGACCUACCAACUAAGAAAGCUCUUUGA